GCUGGCGGCCGGCGAGCCCGAGUCCCCACAGGGGCGGGGCGGCCCGCGGCGCCUCUGUAGCCUUGCGGGCGCCCGCGAGGACGCGAGUGCCCUCCGAUCUCUUGCCCCCUCUCCGGCUCCACCCCCUUCUGCCCCGGGUGUGUGUGCGCGAGGGACAAUUCCGCCACAGCGCCGAGAAACCCCUUAGCCCGGAGAGGGGAUCCCGUGGUGCGCUGAGAUCUGACCCCCGCCUCACCCCACACACCUAGGACCUGUACCGGGAGCUGUCGGAGUUUCCUUCGUUAGGGCAGACGGCCAGAGCUGGGGUGUCAGAUGUCUCGGAUUCUACAAGAGACAAGGAUCAUGGGACCCCCCCCACUUCUCCUUGAUGUCUCCCAGCGCCCUACCCCAAGAGCUCCCGCUUCUCGGCUUCUGACCCUAGAAGGAUUGUCCCUCUUGACCCUAGCAGUGGUGGAAUUUGGGGUGACACCGCCCGUCUGGGGCUGAAACUCUUGGGUUUUUUUGCCCUAGCCUAGGGUCAGAGGACACCUGUGUCACCUGCUCCAGGCUGGGGAGAAGGGAAUGGGGAAAAGCCCUUAGACGUUGUGAAAAUUAUGCCUGGAGAUGAGGAGGACGUUGGUUCCUGCACCCUCCCAUAGGAAGGACUGGACCCCUGGAGAGUUUGGCCUCUGCCUGCCUAGCCUCUCCCAGAAGCACCUCCUGCCCUCUGAGGAUUCUAUGGUGCUAGGCCCUAAGCUUGCAGAAGGCCAGCUCUUCCUGUGCCCUUUGACUCCCAGGGUCAAGGUCAAGCCCAUCUGCCAGCAGAUGGAGAAAAAAAACUUUUCCCUCAGCCUCAUUCUGGGAAGGAGGUAGGUGAUACUGCCUUUCCAGAGGGGAUGUGGGGAUAUGCAGGGAGGGUAUGGAAACCUCAGUGAGCCUGGGAGCCAAGGUGAUUUUCUUCUGGCUUGGGCUCGGAGCCCCUGCUUAGAUCCCCUCCUCUGCCCUCUUCUCUUAACUGGGGCAACCACCAAGUGCCCUGCCUCUCAGGGCCACAGGUUGAGAUCAGAGUGAGGAUCCCUGGUCCCCAGAACCCAGGGUGUGCUGCCCCUUUAAAGGGAUGGUCAUGGCUGACACUGGCUAUUGGAGGGUGGGCGCACGGCAGGAUUAGGUAGCCAACCUGAAGGCGCAAUUUGGAGUAAAUUGCUCUGGGAUCCCUGCCAUGGGGUUUUUACGGGCCCUGCUCAGUUCAGAAGUUCUCUCGCUGACUCACCCCCUGAGGUGAGGAACACUGCCCUCUGCAGCCCCUAUCCACCGCAGCCCACCCCCCAAGGACUGGGUCACAGAGGGUCAGGGAGGUGCUCAGAGGUGGAUUCCUUUGCCUUGGCAUACCCUUGAGACCUAGGCCUCCCUAGAGGAAGGCGGACUGGGAGGGGCCAGGGAGAGAUUUAAUCUGAGGACUUACCAUGGGUUAUACUAGUAGGGAAGAAAGACACCCAGGAGCUCAAUUCCCAGUCCAGGGCGCUACUUCCUGUUUCUCUUUGGGGAAUCCUGGGGCAGGGGCCAGGUUUAAACAGGAAACUCAACUCAGUUUUAGUACUGCUGCAGCUGAACUCUGAGAGGAAGAGACUGGCUUAUUUCCUAGGAUUAGGGGGGCUGUGAUUUCUUUAGGAGCUUCACCUUGGAAACACUGUGUGACCCUCAGUCAGUCUUUAGCCUCUCUGGGCCUCUGUUUCUCCAAUGGCCAGGGCUGGGUUCUGGCCCCUGCUUUCUGGGCCUGAGAGGGUACAGAGUCCCGAGUACCACUGCCCAUUUUCCUCCUCCCCACUCCGUGGAGGUGCCAGGCGACUGGGUGUUAUUGUUUGGGUAACAGGAGCCAUGGGGCAGCCAGGGCACGGGUUGGGUUGUUUUCACUGGAGAACAGGGCCUCGCUGUUCUUAGCCCAGGUGACAUGUAAGUGAUACAGCAGCCUGACCUGCAGGUACAGGCGCUGCCGCUGGCUCCUGGCCAGGAAGGAGGCAGGCAGAGGGGCUGGCGGGGGCAUUUGGCAGAGGCCUGGGAUCUGGACUGCCCUGCCCUCCCCAUGACGCUGCCGAAAAUGGGCUGCUGGGAGGCAGGGCCUAGUCUGGGGUGUGGCCCAGGUGGAGUAAACCCAUUAGAAGUGUGGUUGACGAUUCUGCCUGGGCCUUCCCUGGCCUUGCUGAAAGCAGUAACCUUGACCCCAGGCCCAGCCUCGCUGUGUACAGAGCUUCAUUAUGUGCCACCCACCCCACUUCACCGCUGUUACCUUAUUAAAAUAAAACAACUCUCAAAACAACUUCUCAAGGUAGGGAUUAUUACCCCCAUUUUAAUAUGGAACAGCUGAACUCAGAGAGGAGAACUGGCCUGUGAAUUAAUGUCAGAGUCGGAAUUGGAACCCAGAUCUCUUGUUGUCUCCAGCCUAGUUGGGGGAGGCUUAAGGACAGGGAAAAGCUGGGAUCAAACUGGCCCAGGUGGAAGGUACUCCAAGAGAGGCUCCGGAUGUUGGCAGACUCUCCUGUCCAGCCUUUGCUGAGGGCUGGUGGUACCAGCCGGCCCUGGCACCUGGCCCCCAGCUUCCAGCAGCGUGCAGGGCUGCCAGUGCUGGGCUCUGAACCCAACUCCUGGGGCUGCUUCCUGCCUGUGGGGCACGUGCUGUCUUUGUCCAUCUGCUGCCCGGCCUCUCCAGACGCUGCCCUGGCCCCUCUUCCCGAGACAGAUCUGGUUGGGUGGGAAGGAAGGAUGCUUGGUGAAACCCAACUCUGACCUCUGGGGAGGGGGCACAGUGGUCUGGAGGCCCUCCGCAGCUGUCCCCAUGAGUAGUGCUCUCUGAGGAAGAGGGAGGAGAGUGGGUCUCCAUCCUCCAAGAGGCCAAAAGGCCUUUCCUGUACCAGACUUUUUAGACAAGGUCUUUCAUUCAGUAUUCUGCAAGGUCACUAUCAUUGUCCUCUUUCGUUCAUUCAUUCAUUCAUUCAGCAAAUAUUUAUUGAGCACUUAUCAUGUGACAAGUACUAAUCCAAGCAGCAGGGUACAGCUGUGAACAAGAUGGGCCUGCCCUCACAGUACAGAUGAGGAAGCCGAGGCUCAGAGAAGUAAUGUGACAGACACAAGGUCAGAGUGAGAGGCUGGCAGAGCUAGCAUUAGUGGCUGUGUCUUUGUGGCUGCAGACCUGUGUUCUUUCCACCAUCUGUGCAGCAGUCAGGCCAGAGGGGCAAAUGAGCCCUGGCUUCCCAGGACCCUGGCUGUAAGUGGGGGAAGCUCACCUGUGGUCCUCUUUGCACUUCCAGUCCUUUCUCCAGGGCUCCCCAUUCCCCUCUAGAGACCGUGUGCAACAGCUCUUACAGGCAUGGGGUUCCAUGAGGAUGGCAUCCAAGCCAGAGACCCCUGGACUGGAGGCAGCCACAUAGGGCCUGUGGAGCCCCCUGAAUCCUCCAAGAUACUGCUCUGUAAGCGCACACCUCUGGGUGCACCCACCACCCCCUCCCCUCCCUCAUCAGGGAUUCAGGCUUGCAGCCACAUGACUCUGGGUCAUGGCCCCAUGUCUUAGGGACCACAGGUAAGUCCCUCAACUCUCUGAACCUCGUCUGAAAAAUGGGAGUAAUAGAACUUUCUCUGGGGAAUUCCCUGGCGGUCUAGUGGUUAGGACUCUACACUUCCACUGCCGGGGGCAUGGGUUUGAUCCCUGGUCGGGGAACUAAGAUACUGCAUGCCGCAUGGCGUGGCAAAACAAAAAACAAAAAAAAACUUGCUCUGGCCUCCUUGCUCUCUUUGCUGGGUUGAGCUUUCAUUUGACAGGCUACAUGCUGGACCCUGAUCUGGGUGCCAAGGAGAUGAUGCUGGACAAGUCAUGGCUCCUCCCUGAGUUAAUCUGCAGUUUGCUCGGUGCUGUGAGGCCCAGAGGAGGGAGGAAAGGACUUGAGACUGUGUAGACAGAGGAGAUGACAUUAGAACUGAGUCCUGAAAGAAGACCAGGGGUUUGCCAAAGUGACCAGGCAGGAAAGGUUUUCUUGGUAGGAGGAGCCACCGUGCAAAUGCGUGGGGAUGUGAAACAAGCUGGUCUGUUCAGGGUCUCAGGUUGUUCAAUUUAGCUCCAUAAUAGGGCCUGAUAGUAAUAAUGGGGAUUGUUUGUGGGCCAGUUACAUGCCAGGUAUAUGUAUUUUACAGACACUAUUUUGCUUGCUUCUUACAGCUACCCAAUGAGGUACAUUACUUUUAUCCCCAUUUCACAGAUGAGGAAACUGAAGCCUUGAGAAAUGAAGUAACCUCAGGGUCAUGCAGGUGGUAGAAGCCAGAAUUUGAACCCACAAGAAUGGACAAGCCUCAGGGGAAGAAGCUGGACUUCAGCCGUCCAUGGAUGAGGACGUCCUCAAGGAGAUCUCCAUCACGCACCAUGUCAAGGCUGGUUCUGAGAAGGCCGACCCAUCCCAUUUUGAGCUCCUCAAGGUUCUGGGCCAGGGAUCCUUUGGCAAAGUCUUCCUGGUGCGGAAGGUCACCCGGCCUGACAGUGGGCACCUGUAUGCCAUGAAGGUACUAAAGAAGGCGACACUGAAAGUGCGUGACCGCGUUCGGACCAAGAUGGAGAGAGACAUCCUGGCUGAUGUAAACCACCCGUUUGUGGUGAAGCUGCACUACGCCUUCCAGACCGAGGGCAAGCUCUACCUUAUUCUGGACUUCCUGCGUGGCGGGGACCUCUUCACACGGCUCUCUAAAGAGGUUAUGUUCACGGAGGAGGAUGUGAAAUUUUACCUGGCCGAGCUGGCUUUGGGCCUGGACCACCUGCACAGCCUGGGCAUCAUUUAUAGAGACCUGAAGCCUGAGAACAUCCUUCUGGAUGAGGAAGGCCACAUCAAACUCACUGACUUCGGCUUGAGCAAGGAGGCCAUUGACCACGAGAAGAAGGCCUAUUCCUUCUGUGGGACGGUGGAGUACAUGGCCCCCGAGGUCGUCAACCGCCAGGGCCACACCCACAGUGCAGACUGGUGGUCCUAUGGGGUGUUGAUGUUUGAGAUGCUGACGGGCUCCCUGCCCUUCCAGGGAAAGGACCGGAAGGAGACCAUGACACUGAUUCUGAAGGCAAAGCUAGGCAUGCCGCAGUUUCUGAGCACAGAAGCCCAGAGCCUCCUGCGGUCCCUGUUCAAGCGGAAUCCUGCCAACCGACUCGGCUCCGGCCCUGAUGGGGCAGAGGAAAUCAAGCGGCAUGUCUUCUACUCCACCAUUGACUGGAAUAAGCUGUACCGGCGCGAGAUCAAGCCACCCUUCAAGCCGGCUGUGGCACAACCCGAUGACACCUUCUACUUUGACACUGAGUUCACAUCCCGCACGCCCAAAGACUCCCCAGGCAUCCCCCCCAGCGCUGGUGCCCAUCAGCUGUUCCGUGGCUUCAGCUUCGUGGCCACUGGCCUGAUGGAGGACGACGGCAAGCCUCGGGCCACGCAGGCGCCCCUGCACUCGGUGGUACAGCAACUACACGGAAAGAACCUGGUUUUUAGCGACGGCUAUGUGGUAAAAGAGACGAUCGGUGUGGGCUCCUACUCCGAGUGCAAGCGCUGUGUCCACAAGGCCACCACCAUGGAGUAUGCUGUCAAGGUCAUCGACAAGAGCAAGCGAGAUCCCUCGGAAGAGAUUGAGAUUCUUCUGCGGUACGGGCAGCACCCCAACAUCAUCACUCUGAAAGAUGUGUACGAUGAUGGCAAACACGUGUACCUGGUGACAGAGCUGAUGCGGGGAGGGGAGCUGCUGGAUAAGAUCCUACGGCAGAAAUUCUUCUCGGAGCGUGAGGCCAGCUUCGUCCUGCACACCAUCGGCAAGACCGUGGAGUAUCUGCACUCCCAGGGGGUUGUGCACAGGGAUCUCAAGCCCAGCAACAUCCUGUAUGUGGACGAGUCUGGGAACCCUGAGUGCCUGCGCAUCUGCGACUUCGGCUUUGCCAAGCAGCUGCGGGCUGAGAAUGGGCUCCUCAUGACACCUUGCUACACCGCCAACUUCGUGGCGCCUGAGGUACUGAAGCGCCAGGGCUAUGAUGAGGGCUGCGACAUCUGGAGCCUGGGCAUUCUGCUGUACACCAUGCUGGCGGGAUACACUCCAUUUGCCAAUGGACCCAGUGACACACCAGAGGAAAUCCUGACCCGGAUCGGCAGUGGGAAGUUCACCCUCAGCGGGGGAAAUUGGAACACGGUUUCAGACACAGCCAAGGACCUGGUAUCCAAGAUGCUGCAUGUGGACCCGCACCAGCGCCUCACAGCUAAGCAGGUGCUGCAGCACCCGUGGAUCACCCAGAAAGACAAGCUCCCCCAGAGCCAGCUAUCCCACCAGGACCUGCAGACUGUGAAGGGAGCCAUGGCAGCUACAUACUCUGCGCUCAACAGCUCCAAGCCCAGCCCUCAGCUGAAGCCCAUCGAGUCGUCUAUCCUGGCCCAGCGGCGAGUGAGGAAGCUGCCAUCCACCACCCUGUGAGGGGCCAGAGCAUCCAGGCCGCAGGGCAGUGCUAGCUCGACGGAGGCAGCAUACUUCCCAGAGGGAGCGGGCCUGAGUCACAGGGCCAGAGGGAGUGGAGCCCCGAGGGGGCCCAGAUCACCCCAGGGAGGGCGUGAGAAGUGCCUUCUCCUCCCCCAGGAUGCACUCUUCUCGGCUCAGGCUCUGCUGGUUGAAAUCGAUUCACUGUACAAACUCUUGUCUUUUUUUAAGGAAAAAAUGGCACCAACCACCAUGGAUUUUUACAAGAUCCAUUUGCCUUUCUGGGAGCAGAAAUAGCCAGUGCAGCCCCAGGAGGGGCACUGAGUCACACUAGGGCUGUCUGUAGCUGAGACUCCUUAGAGCAGCUUUAGGGUCCCCCCGGGGGGGACCCCUACAAUUGGCCAUCUGUAGCCAUCUGCACCCACCUCCAAGGCAGUCCAGCGUCACCCUCCAGAGCCCUUGGCUGUUUAGCAGAACUUGCUCUAUCCCCAUCGGCUCCUUUUCUGUUCUGUUCUGUUGGGGGUUCUGGAACCACUUUCUGCUAGAGGAGAGGACCAAGGCCCCGUGGCUCCCAGCUCCAGGCACCAGCAUCCACACUGGCCGUACCACUGGGUCCUCUGCAGUCAGGUUGGGCAGCCCCUGAAGGAGCAUCUGGAAAGCACUUUUUUGGCUGACUUCUGUUGGAGUCUGCCACAGGACGGAGUUCACAGGAGGCCUGUGGGGCAGGCCAAGAGGGGCAGGGGCUUUUUUCAUUUCUUCCUCAGCUGGUAACUCAGGGUUCAUCUGUCCACGGCCUUUCUAAUAAACUUACAGUUGAGUUGAA